GGUCCCUCUCUCCAACAGAGGGAUGAGCCGUUGUGCAGAGAACCUGAGGGCCUUCCUAGCCCAAGUGGAGGCUAAAGCAGGGCAGGAGAAGGGGCAGCUGGCUGAGGAGUUCCAGGAAAUCAAAGCCCGGGCUGCCGCGUUUCGGCAACAGCAGAGCAUUUCAACAGAGGCCGGGGGCAGCAAGGAGAAUCUCAAGAAGAACCGUUACAAAGACAUACUGCCAUAUGACCAGACCAGAGUUGUUCUGAACUUAUUGACAGAAGAAGGACAGACGGAUUAUAUCAAUGCCAACUUCAUCCAGGGUGUGGAUAACAAGAGAUGUUACAUUGCAACACAAGGGCCUCUUCAGCACACAGUGCUCGACUUCUGGUGUAUGGUUUGGCAGUACAGGGUCAAGGUGAUCGUCAUGGCAUGCCGCGAAGUGGAAAUGGGCAAGAAAAAAUGUGAGCGUUACUGGCCUUUGGCAGAGGAGACUUUGCACUUUGGACCCUUCUCCGUAACACAGGCUAAAGAAGAGGAACUCAAUCCAGAUGUCGUUCUGCGGAUGCUUAAUCUGACUUUCCAGGCAGAGGAACGAACUAUUUCCCAUUUCCAGUACGUGGCUUGGCCAGACCGGGGCAUUCCCGACACCUACGGCUACUUCCUUAACAUGAUUGAACAAGUGAGGUGCAAGCAGGGCGAAGACAACGUUCCCAUCAGUGUGCACUGCAGCGCUGGUUGUGGCCGGACAGGUGUGAUCUGCACAUUGGAAUAUAUCCGGCAGCUGCUGCUCAAACAGAGAAUCCCUCCACACUUCAGCAUUUUUGAUAUUGUCCUUGAAAUGAGGAAGCAGAGACCAGCUGCUGUUCAGACCCAGAAUCGUCUUCCUCUGUAUGACGACGCCCUCUCCUUCCGACACCCAGCUGUGCCCCUGCUCAAACGAGGCACCAUCCUUCGGAGUAUUUCAGUGCCUGCUGAUCCCAGUCCCACAGCCCUUCCAGAACUGCCGCCAAAGAUGGGGGAUACCUACGCAGUAGUGAACAAACUCCGGCGAAGCGGAGGAGCAAUUUCUCCUGCUGCGGAGGCCCGGCAAGAUGGAGACACGCCUCUGUAUACUUCAGUAAAGCCUCGCACUAGCAACGUCUCCGACGCUUGGGCCACUGACCCCAACGCCUUCGUGGGAUUACAAGCCAGCCACUCGCUGCCUGGAAGCCCCAUAAGGCGGCUGUCCCCCAGUUCAGCUUGUGAAUACGCCCAAGUGAACACACCUGGUCCAGCCGAUGGCAACUCCAGAGUCACCUCCUCCCCAUCACAUGCCAACGGGCUUGGGAAAAACUUCCUGCGGAACUUGAUGCCCCCGGUUUUUACUUCGUCACCUGGGAAGAAAGCUCCAACAUCACCCCGAAAUAUCCCCUCACAGGCAUAUGAAGAUUUAGGCGAUACUGUUGUCCGGGGCAACCCAAACACGGUGGGGUCUUCCGCCAACCCAAUGGGGUUUAACUUCCGCAUCGGAAAGCCGAAAGGACCGAGAGACCCGCCUGCAGAGUGGAGCCGAGUGUAGUCGGCCCUUGGAACGGGGAAAAGAUGGAUACUGCUUCUGCCAUGGAGCCAUACAUUCUGGGCUGGACUGCCGCCACAUUUACCCCUAUACGAGGGAGUAGAUGUACAACUGCCCCAAGGGCUACAUACCAGACAGGAGCUGCUGCAGACACUUGGGAGACUUGGUAGCUGGAAAGGAAGACGCCAGCGGCGUCAAACUGAGCAUUUUCUAACCAGGACAUCUUGAUUCUUUUUCCCAUUUGGGGAGGGAGGUGAGAGAAUGGUAGCAGUCUACCCCACUUUAGCAGGUCUUGAGUGGUUCUGGGCUCCAAGAAUGAGGUUACCUUGAAUAUUUUAGCAAGACAUUGAACUCUGGACCUGAGCAUUCCAGCACUAUCCCUCCAA